GUGCUGAGUUCUUCCCCGCAGUAUCUCAUGGCGACCAGCUCGCAGUCGCAGCAGCAGCAGGGCCGCGACAAGCUCCCGCGCGACAUCCGCGCGCCCGGGCCGCUGCGCAACGACGCGGUCGUGGGGCGCAUUCUCCUCGUGGAGUCCCGCUCCCUGGGCUCGGCCGCUGCGACCGGCGAGGGUGCUCCGAGCCAGGUCGCCGCCACCGGCGCCAGCAAAAGCAAGGGCAAGGGCAAGGGCAAGGGCAAGGGCAAGGGUGCCCGCUCCGACGCCGUCCUGGAGAUCACGCUGUGCGGGGGGAAGAGCCCGGCGGACAUCAUGAUGUUCCAGGCGUGGGAGUCCGACGUGCGCGCGCGCCUGCAGGGCAGCGCGGGCGUCGGGGACACGGUGCGCAUCAGGCGCGGCCUCGUCGUGGCGCACACCGACAAGACCCGCUUCCACUGCACCUCGCGCUCGCCCAUGUUUCUGAAGGCGCAGAGCGACACGACCAUGGAGCGCAUCGAGGACAAGCCAGAGUUCUUGAGGUACCACCCCGUCACGCCCAUCUCGUCGCUGCCGCUGCUGCCGCCCCGGUCUCUGGUCUGCCUCGCUGGCCGCGUGGUGGAGGCGGGCGAGGUGCAGAAGGUGGAGACGCCCGACGGCGACACCGACGUGCCGGUGGCGCACCUGGCGCUCCGCGUCUCGGAGGACUUGAUUCGUGUGAAUUUCUGGCGGGAGACGGCCUCGAUGUUGAAGAGCCUUGGCAAGGGCGACCUCACGUUCCUCUGGGGCGUGGCGAAGCAGUGGCCCAGGGCCGGCGAGGACCCGAAGACGCAGGUGGAGCUCCGCGCCACGGCGCGCACGAGGGUGCUGAGCUGCCCCGAGCCGCUUCCGGGCACCCUCGCGAGCACGCCGGCCGACCUGUCCGGCGCGAAGAUCUGGUCUGCGCGCCUGUCCAGGGAGAGGAAGGAUUACGCCACCGCCAAGGGGACGUCGAUGUCCUUGUCGGUGCUGGAGGGUCUGAUGGCCUCGAAGGUGAUCCGCGAUCUCGACCGCGUCUUCGAGGUGCCUAGCGUGUUCCUGGAGUUCGGCUCGCAGCUGACGUACCCCGGGUGCGGCACGUGCCUGAAGGCCUGGCGCGAGGAGGGCACGAUGCCGUGCCAGUGCCCCGCUGCGGAGCGUGUCCACCUGUGGCGCGCCAGGCUCGGUCUCCGAGACGCCUCGGGCCAGGUCCAGGCCGUCUGCUUCAAGGCGCUCGAGUCCGUCGUGGAUGUCUACGGGGACGUCUCCGGCGACGCCGAGAAGGCGCCGGAGCAUUUCAGCUCCGAGGAGGUGGCGGAGCGCCUGGCCAGCUCCGUCGCCGCGGUGCCCUUCACCGCGCGCAUCACGGUGGCGGCGGACGGCUACAAGGAGGCCAUGGAGGCGACGGUCCAGCUGCUCACCCCGACGUUCUCGACCGCCGGCGUCAAGCACCCGUUGAAGCCCGUCGUGCAGGUGGGCCAGUCCGCGGGCGCGUGCCCGCCUUUCCGCCUGGCGCAGACGGUAUACUCGGAGGGCAUCGGCAUGACGGAGGCCGACGGCAACGCGUACGAGUCGUUCCGCGCCCUCGUGACGUUCGCAGACGACGCCGGCGGCCUCGGCGCAGACGGCCGCACGGCGCGCGAGGUCAACUGCGCCCUCGACGCCGGGGUGGAGGCGCUCAAGUACAGGCUGGAGGUCGACGGAGACGGCUCCAUGGCGCAUGCCCUCGGCAGCGCCGAGAAGAGGAGCUCCGCGCACGUGCUCCUGGCGUGGAGGUCGACGGAGGUCAUCGGGGUGAUCGCGAUGUUGCCGGUGCCGGGCGAGAGCUUCGACGCCUUCGGCAGGUUCUUCGCCAGGGAGGUGGAGCUGUGCAAGGACUCGGCGGCCGCUGGCUCGUCCAACUCAGCGGGCUUCGACGCGACGCCGACGAAGGUCUUGACCGCGGCCGAGGCGGCGAACGUGACCUCCCCGCCGCUGUGGAAGGUCCGCAAGACGCUCGCUGGGCCCACGGCGUGA